UUAGCGUUAGGUUAGGUUAGGUAGGUCACGUCUGUAGUAAAGUGAAUUUGUCUCAAACCCUAGGGCGAAGGUUUCAGGGUAUAUAGACUAGUAAAUAGUAAUCACUAAACACUAUUAAAUAACAUAUAAUAUCAUUAUAGGUCAUACGAAAUAUUCCUAUAAACUUGCUAUGUGAUCAUAGCAUACGAGAAUGCUCCGUUCUCUAAGUUUUUUUAGUAGAAAUAUAAAAGAGUUAGGAAGUAUUACACAAUAUUGUAUACAGAAGUGUAGCCUUCACUUAUCUUACGCUCUAAAGCAUGGUGAAUAUGAAUGGCAGGAUCCUAAAUCUGAAGAUGAAGUCGUAAAUAUAGUUUAUGUAGACAAAGAUGGUAACAAAACUAAAGUGAGAGGAAAGAUUGGAGAUAAUGCAUUAUAUUUAGCACAUAGGUAUGGAAUAGAAAUGGAAGGUGCUUGUGAAGCAUCACUAGCAUGUACAACCUGCCAUGUAUAUGUCAAUCAAGAUCAUUUUGAUAAACUGCCACAAUCUGAAGAAAAGGAGGAUGAUCUAUUAGAUAUGGCCCCAUUUUUAAAAGAAAAUUCUAGAUUAGGAUGUCAAAUAACCUUAACCAAAGACCUAGAAGGAAUGGAACUAAAAUUACCUAAAGCAACAAGAAACUUUUAUGUUGAUGGUCACAAACCUACACCACAUUAAGAAAUAAUAAAUAUAAACUGAAAGCUU